AUGGCGGCGCUGGCGCCCGCGGGCCCCGGGGACGCCGCCUCGGCCGCCCUGGACGAGCUGUCCCGCAACUUCACGUACUGGGCGCCGGACGCGGGCAAUGGCUCGAUGUCGGGCGAGUGGUACCGCAGGAACCAGGUUCACCUUUUUGGAGUUUUGCUGGCUAUUUUAGGAAACUUGGUAAUCAGCAUUUCCCUAAAUAUUCAGAAAUAUUCUCAUCUUCAGCUGGCACAACAAGAACACCCAAGGCCAUACUUCAAGAGCGUGCUUUGGUGGGGCGGAAUCUUCCUGAUGGCUAUCGGGGAGACAGGGAACUUUGCCGCCUACGGACUUGCUCCCAUUACUCUGAUCGCACCAUUAGGCUGUAUGUCUGUUGCAGGUAGUGCCAUUAUUUCUGUUAUGUUUCUGAAAGAAAAUUUGAGAGCCUCAGAUUUACUGGGUAUGACAUUCGCACUUGCAGGAACAUAUUUAUUGGUGAAUUUUGCUCCAAAUAUAACUCAGGCUGUCUCAGCAAGAACAAUACAGUAUUACUUUGUUGGCUGGCAGUUCCUGGUCUAUGUGAUUUUAGAAAUAUUAAUUUUCUGCAUUCUCCUAUAUUUCCUUAAAAGAAAAGGAAUGACGCAUAUGGUGAUUCUGCUUACUCUGGUGGCACUUUUAGCCUCAUUGACUGUUAUUUCAGUGAAAGCCGUCUCAGGCAUGAUCACUUUUUCUGUGACGAAUAAAACGCAACUAACUUAUCCCAUCUUCUAUAUCAUGUGUAUCAUCAUGAUAGCAUCUUGUGUUUUCCAAGUCAAGUUCCUGAAUCAAGCCACGAAGCUCUACAACACGACAGCAGUGGUGCCCGUUAACCAUGUUUUCUUUACAACCAGCGCCAUCAUCGCAGGUAUCGUAUUUUACCAGGAAUUCCGUGGUGCCGCUUUUCUCACUGUAUUUAUAUAUCUUUUUGGGUGCUUUCUGUCAUUUCUUGGGGUGUUUUUGGUCACAAGAAAUCAAGAAAAGGAACAUCUGCAACAGCCCUAUAUUGAUUUUGGAGAUAUUCCUGGGAAACAAAUGUUGGACAAAAUACAACCAGAUUCAAAUGGCUUAUCCUAUGGAACCUUGCCUGAUGGAAGUGACUCAACAAAGAGCCAAAGUGGAGAGAAGAAAGAGGUCUAA